AUGAGCGUUGACACACGCUUGCAAAUUCAUGAGAACAGCAUUGCAAUCGAGCGCCAGAUUUGCGGCGAAGAUCGACAAUAUCAUGCCGAUGCAAUUACAAGGGAAUUAAAUGCGUCUCCUGACGCGGAGAUUGUCUCCGAGGGAGAUUGUACUUUAUCGAACAAGUCCUCGCGCUCACUACUGACAGCCGUAAGCGACAGUCCGGAGCUUUCAGAUGCCAGUUCAUUACGAACUCAGAGUAUUCAAACGAGUGACGAGGACUUGGAUCUAACGUCGGAGCGAUGGAGGGAAUUCUGCUCGGUUCUGAACGAAGGAUCAACCGAAGCGCAACCAGAACCGCUGUCAAAUAUUUUAUGCGAGGACGCCAUUUCCAUUGAAAGUAAUCACAGGGAUUACCAAAGCAUCGAUUUGAAGGAGGGAGGCGCGUACGAACUCGAAGCGACAGAAAUUCAAGAGAAUGGCACCAACGCGGUUGGAUCGGUAGCUUCGAAUGAGGGAAAGCCACCUAUUAUUACGGAAUCAGCUGCUGUUGAUGCUACCCAAGCCCAACACGAAACCUUCGUACCCACAAUCACCAACGAAGAAGUUAUCGGACCAGCGCACACGCUGGCUAUUCUGCUUGUGCUAGUAUACCUUGUCUUCGAGAUUGCGUUGACCCUAAUCUCGGCAUUAUGGUCUCAUCUGAGCGUGCGAAAAUAG